UAUAGAAGAGUUGGCCGUUUAGAAAUCACUCAAUUUGCUUUACUAAUCUUGAGAAGCUUCUAGUAGCAGUUCAGAAAUCAAUGGCAGGAAAGAGUAAGAUUCUGUUCAUCGGAGGUACAGGAUACAUCGGAAAGUUCAUCGUGGAAGCUAGUGUUAGAGCUGGUCAUGACACCUUUGUGUUGGUCAGAGAAUCCACACUUUCCAAUCCGACCAAAACCAAACUUAUCGAUACUUUCAAGAGUUAUGGUGUCAACUUUAUCCAUGGAGAUUUAUACGAUCAUGAGAGUUUGGUGAAGGCAAUAAAGCAGGUUGAUGUUGUGAUUUCUACUGUAGGUCAUGCUCUUUUAGCUGAUCAGGUCAAGAUCAUUGCUGCUAUCAAGGAAGCUGGCAAUGUCAAGAGAUUCUUUCCUUCUGAAUUUGGGAAUGAUGUCGAUCGUGUCCAUGCUGUUGAGCCAGCUAAAACAGCAUUUAACACUAAAGCUCAAAUUCGCCGGACUAUAGAGGCUGAAGGAAUACCAUUCACUUAUGUGGCCAACUUCUUUUUUGCUGGUUAUUUUCUUCCGAAUUUGGCACAGCCUGGAGCUGCAGGUCCUCCUAGAGACAAAGUUGUCAUCUUAGGAGAUGGCAAUACGAAAGCUGUUUUUAACAAGGAAGAAGACAUUGGUACCUAUACCAUCAAGGCUGUGGAUGAUCCAAAAACACUUAACAAAAUCCUCUAUAUUAGGCCUCCACACAAUAUAAUUACAUUAAAUGUGCUGGUAUCCUUGUGGGAGAAGAGAACUGGAAAGAACCUUGAAAGAAUAUAUGUGCCAGAGGAACAAGUUCUCAAGAACAUUCAAGAGGCCUCAUUUCCAUUGAACGUGGUAUUAUCAAUCUCGCAUGCUGCUUUUGUGAAGGGUGACCACACUAAUUUUGAAAUUGAACCGUCAUUUGGACUAGAGGCAUCAGAGGUUUAUCCUGAUGUUAAAUAUACCCCAGUAGAUGAGAUUCUCAACCAGUAUGUGUGAAUAUUUAGAGUUCCUUGCAAUAGCAUAAGGAGCUUCCUACCUUUCUGUGUACAAUAGUUGUUUUGAGAUUUAAACCAUUUGAGAUAUUUCUCCAUGGGUGCGCUUUAAAGUCCUACUCAGUUUACCUUAGUAUUUUUGCUUGAAGAAAGCAUGCCUCCUAGUUUCAAGCAGGACAGCUUAAUUGUCUGUUUCUGGACACGGUUUUCGGGAAGAUUGUUUUCUCAACUAA